UAAAAAUCUGGGAAUAGGGUGAGUUCUUCAGUUCAAAGAGAUUGAUUAACGGCGCGCUAUGAUCGAAUGAAUUUCAUGUUAUUGUGGAGAUUAUAUUCGUGAAUUCAAGUUUGAUUUCAGUACUGUUUCGUUUCCUUUUUGUGAUUUUUUUAUUUUUUAUUUUUUCCUUUUUGGCGAUCGAUUUGUUUCGGAUGAAUUGGUGCUUCCAGGUUAUUUAUAUAGCAAUUAACAUUUGUCAUGGAAACUGUCUCAAGGAUCUCUGAGAAGGAAUUUAUAAAUGGAGAUGUCUAUAUUGGUAACAUCAAGGGAAUGCUUCCUCAUGGAAAAGGUAAAUAUUUGUGGUCCGAUGGGACAGUUUAUGAAGGUGACUGGGAAGGCGGGAAAAUGACUGGUAAAGGUAAGAUUUUCUGGCCAUCACAGGCUAAAUAUGAGGGUGAUUUUUCGGGGGGUUACAUUCAUGGUUUUGGAACUUUUCUUGGUUGCGACAGUUCCAUCUAUGUAGGUUCUUUAAAUAUGAACUCCCCACAUGGAAUUGGAAGGAAGCAGUAUCCAAAUUCAGAUGUUUAUGAGGGUUGUUGGAAAGAGGCAAUACGUGAAGGCAGUGGUCGGUAUGUGUGGAGUAAUGGUAACAUGUAUAUUGGAAAUUGGAAAAAUGGGACUAUGUCUGGAAGAGGGGUUAUGAAGUGGGUUGAUGGAAGUCUUUUUGAUGGAUUUUGGUCAAAUGGGUUGAGAAAUGGGUCAGGUAUCUACAGAUUUGCAGAUGGAAGCUACUACUCUGGAACAUGGAGUAAGGGACUAAAGGAUGGUCUUGGAACAUUCUAUCCUGCUGGAUGCAAUCUUCAAGGAAAUGAAGAGAAGAGGAAAAAGGAGCCAUCUCGUAGUUUAUCUGCAGGAUCUGAAGAACAAGAAACGCCCAGUGUGAAGCGCAGUUUUUCUGAUAAAAUUUCGUCUAGAUUUCUGAGGAAUUCUCGGAAAUUCUCAGACAAAACAACAUUGUUAGAUGAUGAACGGGGCUGCACUAAUAUAGUUGAUGAAUCCUGUGUUACUUCUCAUGAUUCUUAUGAUGGCCAAAUUGAUUGUCCAGAUAAUCAGGCUUUAGCUUAUGAAAGAGAAUACAUGCAGGGAGUUCUUAUUAAAGAAAGGAUUAGAAAUGUUUCAAAAUCAUCUCACAGAACUAAACAGCGACUAAAAUUUGCAAAAGAAGUUAAAAGGAGUUCGUUUGGAGACAUUUUCAAAGGCCAAAGAAGCUACUAUCUGAUGCUGAGCUUGCAACUAGGUAUCAGGUAUACUGUUGGCAAGAUUACACCUGUACCUAUGCGUGAAGUUAGAUCAUCUGAUUUUGGAAGUCAAGCUAGAAUUAGAAUGUAUUUCCCAAGAAAAGGCUCCAAGUUAACUCCUCCGCAUAAAUCGAUUAACUUUUACUGGAAAGAUUACUGCCCAAUGGUCUUCAGGAAUCUGAGAGAGCUGUUCAAGCUAAAUGCUGCCGACUACAUGAUGUCCAUAUGUGGUGAUGAAGGUCUGAGAGAACUUAGUUCUCCAGGAAAAAGCGGGAGCCUUUUCUAUCUUUCUCAAGAUGACAGAUUUGUGAUUAAGACAUUGAAAAAAUCUGAACUAAAGGUGCUACUAAAGAUGUUACCCAAGUAUUACAUUCAUGUAAAAGCACAUGAUAACACUCUUAUAACAAAAUUCUUUGGGGCACACAGAAUAAGUUUGAAACACGGGAAAAAGAUCCGCUUUGUGGUCAUGGGAAACAUGUUCUGCACUGAAUUGCGCAUACAUCGACGUUAUGAUUUGAAAGGUUCAACGCAUGGUAGAUGCACGAAUAAGGAUGAUAUUGAUGAGAGUACAACACUGAAAGAUCUUGAUUUGGCAUAUGAGUUCCAUAUGGACAAAUCAUUGCGCGAAUCGCUUUUUCGACAACUAUCGCUCGACAGCGCAUUCUUAGAAUCUCAGCAAAUCAUCGAUUAUAGCCUUCUCCUAGGCCUGCAUUUCAGAGCUCCCGAGCAUCUAAAAUCAUUCUUGGAGUCUCAAGAUUCCCUGGACAAGUCCGGUAGCACUAGCCCGGCUGCAGAUGGUUCGAUAUCGGGGGAACUUUCAAUUCCUCCACAAGGUUUGGUCUUGGUAACCCACGAGCCCGAAUCUGUCAGCCAUGCUCCCGGUCCGCACAUACGAGGAAGCACUUUGAAAGCACACUCUAUUGGGAACAAGGAAGUCGACCUUCUUCUGCCCGGAACUGGAAGGUUGAGGGUGCAGCUAGGAGUGAACAUGCCGGCCCAGGCGAACCACAAGCUCGUGCAGACGGAGACAGCCUCGGCAGAAAUCGAGCUUUUUGAGGUAUACGAUGUUGUCCUAUACCUCGGCAUUAUUGAUAUACUGCAAGAAUACAACGUGAAAAAGAAAUUAGAGCACCGUUUUAAGUCCCUAAAAUUCGACCCCCUAUCGAUCUCUGUGGUGGAACCUAAGGCUUAUUCGAAACGCUUCAUUUCAUUUCUUGAAAAAAUAUUUCCCCGCGAUCGUUAGUCGUCUGCUACUUAAAACAUAGUUAGUAACAAACACGACACUAUAGUGCACACUUGUUUGCCUCACUGUUACAUACGUUCCUUGUAAUUUGUUGUGUAAAGCUUUGUACAUUCAUUUGUGGCUAUAAUAUAGAUAGGGCCCCAACCACAACUUGAAUCUGCAUUAGAAAUUUGAAAUAAUAAUAAUAUAUAUGUAUGUAUGUA